UUUACAAUUACUUCCGGGUUGUGGGUGGAGUGGAUGACGAAUUUUGUUGUGAUUAUUAGCGAAUUAUUUUACCUAUAAAUAAUGUUAGAAUAAUUUCAUAAUUACAUUUUGGACCUGUCCUUUCUCUUAAAUAAUGUCAGGCUCAGCUGCCAAUAAGAGGAAAGCUGAUGCCAAGGUGAUUAUAUUAGGAGAUUACAAUGUUGGUAAAACGUGUCUCAUCAGUAGAUACAUUGAUGGUACGUUCGGACCACAUGAAUCAACAAUAGGUGCUGCUUUUUUCCUGAAACAGUGGGGACCAUAUAAUGUGGCAGUAUGGGAUACAGCAGGUGAUGAGAGGUACACAGGACUGUCCUCAUUUUACUGUAGGAACGCUGGCGCUGCGAUCCUGGCAUUUGAUCUCACAACUUCAUCAAGUUAUGAAUCCCUGUGGGCUAGAUUUUUACCACUUCUGGAACAUGCAAAAGAAGAUUGUUUAAAGGUUGUAGUGGGGACCAAGCGUGAUGUUAUAAAAGGAGGGGGAUAUUUAAAAGAAUGA